AUGACGCCGUGGGACCAGCGCGUCUGGGCGCUGUUCCGGAGCCAGUGGAGACAGACCGUCAUCUACUGGAGCGUGUUUUUCAGCUUCGGUCUGUGCAUUGCGUUCCUGGGGCCCACCAUCCUCGACCUCCGCUGCCAGACUCACUCCACUCUGCAGCAGAUCACAUGGGUGUUCUUCUCCCAGCAGCUGUUCAUCCUCCUGGGCAGCGGGCUGGGGGGCCUCAUCAAGACCACGCUGUGGUCGUCGCUGCUCGCUCUCUUCGGGUGCACUCUCAUUAUCUCUGCAGUAUUCGCCCUGAUCCCGCUCUGCUACAAUGUGGCGUGGCUCGCCGUGGCGUUGGCCAUCGCUGGGAAGGCCAUGGGCGUGAUCGACACCGUGGCCAACCGACAGCUGGUCGCUCUGUACCAGAAAGACUCCCCGGUCUUCCUCCAGGCGCUGCACUUCUUCAUCGGGCUGGGGGCGCUGGUGAGUCCGCUGGUCGCUGAUCCGUUCCUUGCAGACGACGCCUGUAUCCUGACGGCCAACGCCACAGCUGCCAACUCCAGUUUCCAUCUGGACGACAUUCGCGGUGAACUGCUGGGACCCGGGGCCGCGCUCACAAACACAUCUGAGUAUCCUCUGCACACACAGGGCGUGGCGCUCACACAGGUGUCCUACGCCUUCUGGAUCAUGGCCCUGAUCAACUCGGGUGUAGAGUCAGGUGUAGAGUCAGGUGUAGAGUCGGGUGUAGAGUCGGGUGUAGAGUCGGGUGUAGAGUCGGGUGUAGAGUCUGGUGUAGAGUCAGGUGUAGAGUCAGGUGUAGAGUCGGGUGUAGAGUCAGGUGUAGAGUCGGGUGUAGAGUCGGGUGUAGAGUCGGGUGUAGAGUCGGGUGUAGAGUCGGGUGUAGAGUCGGGUGUAGAGUCAGGUGUAGAGUCAGGUGUAGAGUCAGGUGUAGAGUUGGGUGCAGAGUCGGGUGUAGAGUCGGGUGCAGAGUCGGGUGUAGAGUCGGGUGUAGACUCAGGUGUAGACUCAGGUGUAGAGUCGGGUGUAGAGUCAGGUGUAGAGUCGGGUGUAGAGUCGGGUGUAGAGUCGGGUGUAGAGUCGGAUGUAGUCGGGUGUAGGGUCGGGUGUAGAGUCAGUUAUAGAGUCAGGUGUAGAGUCGGGUGUAGAGUCGGAUGUAGUCGGGUGUAG